GAGCAGCUGCAGGCAGAGCGUCUGCAUUCUCUCUUGCUGUCUAUCUGUCCGUCCGCCCGCCUGCUCCUGCCUCCUCAGCUCAGCCUCUGCUGGUUCCCAGUGUGGCUGGAAGCUGGCUUUCCGGCGUCAGAGGGUUUCAGUGCCUUCCCCUCGGUGGGGGUGGGGGGGUGUGUGUUCAGGUCAGCAUCCUGAGGGGGUGCGUGUAUCUGGCAUGCCCAGGACCGGAACGAUCAACAUUCAUCUGUGAUACACCAGACGAGCGAGCUGACUCCGCCUGGCAGCCAGGGAGGGUUUUUACACCAGACUCUGCUGAAGUUUAGGGUCUAGCCGAGGGAAGCAGGGAGCAAGCUCUGCUGUUCCCUCUCCACCGAUGGAUCUACAGGGGAUGGGCAUCAGCUGCGCCAGGGACUGAGAUCCAUUCAGCUCACUUGCCUCUCCCAAAAGAAUCUUUAGUUCACGCCUUCCGCCCCGUCAGUGACUUUCCAGGGAGAAUCUCUCCCUUCCCCUUUGCUGGAUGGUGGAAGAAGGCGUGGGCAGUGGGGAUAGGGCACCCCACAGGGGACUGCGGGGACCCCGUCGUCCUCUGGCUGCACCGAGGAACAUGUCGGUGGUGGGCAAGGCCCUGUGGAGUGUGGAGCGGGCGGGGAAGGGCUGGCGGUUUGAGCAGCCCAUCGGUGUGGACUGCAGCUCACCCGAGCCCCGCUGCAUCUGGUUGACCAGCCUGCGGAAUGACAAUGCCGACCUGGCGCAUAGGUACCGUGCCGGGGCCGCCCUCCCCAGGCAGAAACGCCGCUCGCACCCUCAGCUGGAGACACGCCACAUGCCGACGCUGGGCCGGAGAGAUGGGACCUCUCCAAAUGACAACGCCCCCCUGGAGGAGUCCUUCCCCUGGGUGGGGCCGAAGACGGUGCUGCUGCGGAAGAGCUCGCAGGGGGGGUUCGGCUUCACCCUCCGACAUUUCAUCGUCUACCCCCCAGAGUCAGCGGUCCAUUCCGAUGUCAAGGAGGAAGAGAAUGGAAACCGAGGAGGUCCCCAGCGGAACCGCCUGGAGCCCAUGGACACCAUCUUUGUGAAGAACGUGAGGGAAGACGGGCCUGCGCACCAGGCCGGCCUCCGCACAGGAGACCGGCUUGUCAAGGUGAACGGCGAGAGCAUCAUCGGGAAAACCUACUCCCAGGUCAUAGCGCUGAUCCAGAACAGUGACGAUGCCUUGGAGCUCUCCAUCAUGCCCAAAGACGAGGACGUCCUCCAGCUGGCCUAUUCUCAGGAUGCCUACUUGAAGGGCAAUGAACCCUACUCCGGGGGAGCCCAGAGCAUCCCGGAGCCACCUCCCAUCUGUUACCCUCGGAAGACCUACCUGUUCCAGUCCAGGGCUCCCAGCCGGGAGGCGAUGGUAGCUGAGCCUUUGCAGGGACAGCAGGCGGACGGCAGACCCUACCGGCCUGCUUCUUCAGGCCCAUCUUCCCCCUUGAACAGCGCGGCGCUCGGCAGCCCCAUGCCCACCACCUGGAACGAGGCCAGAAGCGACACUGCUCGGGAGUUCGGCAGCACCCAUUCCAGCCCGGCCCACCGCACGGAGGAGAUCCAGUAUGGAAUGACCCAGCCGAGGCCCGGGAUGCCCGUCGCAAGGCCGGUCCCAGCCCCCAGCUCCUUCUCGCGCGCUUCCAACACCAGCUUCCCAGGUCCCCUUGCUUCUUCCUUGCCAGAGAGGUACGGCGUCCCGACUGCUUCCUCCAUGGCCAGCCAGGCCUGCUACGGGGUGCCCAGGCAUCUCCCAGACCAUCGGACUCACUGUGGCUUCAAGGACAGCCGGGAUGCCAGCACGGGGCCUGACGGCCCGGGCCGUCCCUCCUGGGAGUAUCUGGGUGGCCCCAAGGCCAUCAGACGGCUGGAGUGCCAGCAGGCGCUCUCCAACUGGCUGUCCAGCCAAGUACCGCGCCGGAGCGCCUCGGAAGAGCGGAGGUACGCGAUGCCGCCCCGGUAUCGCAGCGUCUCUCAGGACCGCCUGGGAGACACCCCGGCCUCCAGAGGCUGGCCCCACAGUGCCUCGCAAGACACCUUGCUUCAGCCCAGCCACGACGGCUGGGGCUACCGGGCCCGGUCCGACAAUUCCCUGGGGAGGUACGGGCGCUCCAUGGAGACUCUGGAGCAGAGCGCCCUGGUCUCGCCCCGCUUGGACAAGUGCACAUGGCUGCCAGAGAAGUUCUAUAGGCCGGGCCCCGGGCAAGUUGCCCAAGCUCAGCCUAGCCAGCCAAGUUCGUACGCCCCCUCUUGCUCCUCUCGAGACCCUCCCCCCGCCCAUGUGCAGAAACACCCUUCCCAGCCCAACCUGCGGAGCGCCGACGACUCGGGGUACAUCGGGUAUAGGAGCUACAGCCCCUCCUUCCAGCGCAGGACUGGCCUACUCCACGCGCUCUCCUUCAGGGACCCUAUCUUUGGUGGCCUUCCAGUGUUCAAUAUAUCUCAAAGGCAAGGAACCCAACCAGCACCUUACCCGGACAGGUCCCCGUCACUGCCAACUGCCGCCCCCGCUGGCCCGGACCACCUGCCGGGCAGCGGGCCCGAGAUCCCCAAGGACCAAAGAACCCCCAGCCAAGACAGCAGCGCCAGGUCUCUCCAGCCGGCUCUGCCUCAGCCCGAGGCGGAGGAGAGGAAAGAGGAGGUGGUCCUCCGGCAGAAGCCCCCCACGGGCCGCAAGGUGCCGGCCCCCGCCAGGCAGAUGAACUUCAUCUUCCCCGACCACAUGAAGGAGACGGACAUUUGCGACCCGCCGCCGAGCUGCAAAGGGGACAAGCCGGCGGCGGAGCGGCCCGCUCGGCGGGUGGCACCGUUGGCGGUGCCAGAGGAUUCCCUGGCAUCCAUUCCAUUUAUAGACGAGCCGACGAGCCCCAGUAUCGACCUGAAGGCAAAGCACAUCCCCGCCUCCUCCGUCGUCUCCAGUGCCGUGAACUCAGCCCCCUCGAUCACCGGCAGCCCCUCCUCACCCGCCUUCACCUUCGCCAUCAGCCGCCAUUACUCCCAGGACUGCAGCAGCAUCAAAGCCAGUCGCCGAUCCUCCUACCUCCUGGCCAUAACAACAGAGCGCUCCAAGUCAUGUGACGAUGGUCUGAACACAUUUCGUGACGAGGGGAAGAUCCUAAGGAGGAUGCCAAGCCGGGUGCCGAGUCUCCGCAUGCUGAGGAGUUUCUUCACAGACGGGUCUCUGGACAGCCUCGGAAUGUCUGAAGACACGCGAUCAAAGAGGCACUCGACCUCCGACCUCUCGGACGUGACUUUCAGCGACGUGAGGAAAGAGGGCUGGCUCCACUACAAACAGAUCCUCACCAAAAAGGGGAAGAAAGUUGGCGGGGGCCUCCGGCAGUGGAAGCGUGUCUUCGCCGUUCUCCGCGCACACUCACUUUACCUGUGCAAGGACAGGCGGGAGGCCGUGACCUACACGCCGCCCCAAGGUGAGGAGGAGCAGCCGAUCAGCAUCCGAGCGUGCCUGGUGGACAUUUCCUACAGCGAGACCAAGAGGAAGCACGUCUUCCGGCUGACGACCGCUGACUUCUGUGAAUAUCUCUUUCAGGCAGAGGAUCGGGACGACAUGCUGGCCUGGAUCAAAGUCGUCAGGGAGAACAGCAAGGCCGAGGGCGAGGACCCCGGGUUUGCAAGCCAAGCGCUUAUCAACAAGAAGCUAAAUGACUACCGGAAAGUGAGCCCCUCUGGAAUGAAACCAGACUCUUCCCCCAAGGGCUCGCGCGGGCUGGGGAUCAAGGCCGAGUUCCUGAAGCAGACGGGGACGAGCGCCCCCCGCUCCCCGAGGCAGGACACGGCCGUGACUAAAGAUGACGGUGCCCCCCAGAAAGCCCCUUGGGGCAUCAACAUCAUGAAAAAGAACAAGAAACCUGCUCCACGGGCCUUCGGCGUGAGGCUGGAGGACUGUCAGCCCGCCCCAGCCAACAAGAACGUCCCGCUGAUCGUGGAGGCCUGCUGCAAGGUGGUGGAGGACAAGGGCCUGGAGUACAUGGGCAUCUACCGCGUCCCCGGGAACAACGCCGUGGUGUCCAGCCUGCAGGAGCAGCUCAACAAGGGAAGCACCGAGAUCAACCUGCAGGACGAGAGGUGGCAGGACCUGAAUGUCAUCAGCAGUCUGUUGAAAUCCUUCUUCCGGAAGCUCCCGGAGCCCCUGUUCACAGACGAUAAGUACAACGACUUCAUCGAAGCCAACCGGAUCGAAGAUGCCAGCGAGAGGUUGAAGACGUUGCGGAAACUGAUCCGGGACCUGCCGGGACAGUACUACGAGACACUCAAGUUCCUGGUGGGACACCUGAAGACCAUCGCGGACCACUCCGAGAAGAACAAGAUGGAGCCCCGGAACCUGGCCCUGGUCUUCGGCCCCACGCUGGUCCGGACAUCCGAGGACAACAUGACGGACAUGGUGACGCACAUGCCAGACCGCUACAAAAUCGUGGAGACCCUCAUCCAGCAUUCGGACUGGUUCUUCAGCGACAAGGAGGACAAGGGGGAGAAGACCCCUGUGGACGAGAAGGAGGCGCAGUCGGUGCCGAACAUCGAGUACCUGCUCCCCAACAUCGGGAGGACGGUGGUGCCAGGGGACGCCUCAGAUUCAACCAAUAGCAGCUCUGCCAAAUCGAAGCAGGGCUCGGGGGCGCCCCGGAAGGAGCAGUACAACAAGGAGCUGCUCGCCAUCUCCUUCAUCGCCGCCGUCAACCGCAAGAGGAAGAAGCGGCGGGAGGCCAAGCGUUUGGGGAGCAGCACGGACGACGACUCGGAGCACGAGGCCACCAAGGGCGCCGGCAAAGGCAGAGCGGAGGAGGCCAAGGACGGGGGCGCGGAGGAGGAAGAGGCCAAGGGGCCGGGGCGCGGCACAGCCCCUGGAGAGCCAGGCCCAACGCGCGACGCUCCGAGUCGCCGAGCGGGCGUGGAGGAGCCGGCAGGGCCGAGGGAGCCAGCACCGGACGCCCGGUCCAUCGUCUCGGGCUACUCCACCCUGUCCACCAUCGACCGCAGCCUGUGCUCCGAGGUGCAGUCGGUGGCUGAGAGCCGAGGCGAGGAGGCGGACGACGAGCGCAGUGAGUUCAGCCAUGUGGAGACGGACACGGAGAGCAGCUUCCUGCCAAGGAGAGCGGGGCUGGGCGCCGGGCAGGGGCCCGAGGCGGAGAGCGGCGAGAAGGAGAAGCUCGCCCGGGCCUCCUUCAACUCCCACCGGCUCAUCCAGUGCGACACGCUGGCCCGCCGGAAGCUGGCGCGGCCCCGGCUGGACAGCGAGUCGUCGGCCAAGGGCAGCCAGGAGUCCCUGCGGCCCCUGGGGGCUGGCGGGGAGCCGUGGGGUGGCGGGGCCCCGGCCAGGCCCUCGCUGACGGAGCAGAUCCGCCUGCGCUUGCGGGGCUCGGCCGACGACAUGCUGGCCGUGCGCCUGCGCAAGCCCCACUCGCCGGAGACGCGGCGCAAGAAGAGCUCCUGGCGGCGCCACACGGUGGUGGUGCCCGGCGGCCUGAAGGAUCUCAACUUCAACGAGUGGAAGGAGCAGCAGGCGCCAGGCCCGGGGCCCCCCGCGGGUCCCGAGCUCUGCCCCCCGGACGCCGGCGCCUCCUGCAGGGACCUGCACAGGGACAACAAGGACUCGGGCCUCAGCAGCCUGGAGUCGACCAAGGCCAGGCCCUCCUCGUCCUCAGCACUGAGCCACCAGGGCGGCGCCGGCGAGCAGCAGCACAGUAAGGGCCCGGAGGGGAACCCUGGCGACCGGGGCCCGGCUCCCACCCGCGCAGCUUCCUUCCGCUUCCACCAGUGUCUCUAACCCCCUCCAGACUCCGAGGCCCGGCUGUCUCUGCUUUCCCUCCCCGCCAUCCCUUUCUCCCCCUGUGCGGCCUCUUGUGGCGAAGGCUGAGGACCCGUCUCCGGGCGGUUCCCCAUCCACCCAGUGCCAGGCGCUGCACAGAGGUAGGAGCUCCCUCGAGGGGCGAGCAGCCACUUGCCCUGAUUUUGCCGGCCUUGCCCCUGGAGCGUCCCUUGGCCUUUCUCACGGGGCUCCCGAGGCUGCCGGAGACGCCCCCUCGCUGCCCUGGCUGCGCUGCCUGGCCGGCGCUUGGGCGUGGCGUUAAUUGAACGACCCUCCCUUGGUUUGUGGAUUUAAUCGUGGGUCUCUUUAAUUUGGCUCCCUUUUUAAGACUCACCCACCCCUGGGGGUGGAACGUCCGCAACUCGGAGCGUCCCGGCCUCGCCACAGAGCCGGGAUCCCAGCCCUUGGGGUCCAGCCCGCAGCUGGGACGGGUGGGCGGUCACCGCACACCCAUAGGAAGCACUUGGUCUGAGACAGGCAACCCCUCCCCGGCCUCACGGCCCCCCCAGCACAUCUCCCUGCAUGGCUGUGGGGUCCCUGAGGCUGCCAGAUCCUCUCUGCUGCCCCCCCAGACCUCACCGGCCGGAGUGUGCGUGGCUCUCGCUGCACCACCCCUUGAUGGGGGAUCCCGCGGUUGCUGCCAAGGGCUGCUCCCCCCCUGACACGGGGGGUGGGGGAGGGGGAAGGGUGCUCCGAUUUCCAUGAGACCAUUGCCAGUCCCCCGCUGCCAGCCUCCAAACCGCCUCGCAGCCGGAGCUGGUGCCUCUGAAAUGCUGCCACAGCUCUGGCAUCACAUUACUGGGCCCCCCCAGCCCCCCUCGGCUCAGAGAACGUGCCCCUGUGCCGCUGGGUGCAAGGAAACGUGGGGUGGCUUCGAACGCAGGGUCCCUGGCACCCCAGUCCCAGCCCGUCCUGCCUGCCCCAGAGAGGGGCCCCCCUUUCCCAAGCCGGUUCCUCCCCCCCCCAGUCCAGGGGGAGCGAGGCGGCUGUAGAAUGGAGACAGGAGGCCCUGCAGGUGCAGCGCCCCCAAUGGGCUUUGCCCAAGCGCUUUCCCGUUGACACGUGUGUGCCGUGGCUGUGCCCCAUGGAGCCCGUUGCUGGGUGCCCCUGUGCCCAGCGUGAGUCAGCGUUGGGUAGUUGGGAGCUGGAGGUGUGUUGGCUUCAUUGGCGCAUGUGCUUGGUGACCACAUGCCCGCUGGCACCGCGUGAAUGCUGGGAAAUGGCCCUCGUGCCAAGGGGCCCUUUGUUCCCCAGCCCCUCCCCUGUGCCAGGCCAGGCCAGGUCCUGCUCUCUGCCAGGGAGGAGGUGCCGGGGGCAGGUGGUGCUGUUGUUUGCCAGCCUGCAAAGCCACAGGGGAAGGAGCAGGGGCUGGAACAGUGGCUGGCGAAGCGCAGGAAGGGGACCCAGGCCACGGCUGGUUCAGCACUUCCAGUGGCCCAUUCCCCUCCAGGCGUGGGAGUUUUCCUUGCACGCCCACCGCCCCGGCGUGCCCGUCACCAUUCCCCAAGCUCCCCCCACCCCGCCAGUGUAGCUGCUGGUGAUUCUACCCACGCUGUGUGCGGCAGGGAAAUCCAGCCAGGGAAGGUACGUGGGCCAGCCAGGAACAUUCGGGGAGGAGGGAGGAAUCCACCGGCGUCACUGGGGCCUAGAGUUCAGCCCCGAGCACUCGGCAGCUGCCCUUCCUCCCCGGACACGACCCUCUGCGGCCCGAGGCCUCCUGCCCCUGUGUCUGGACGGGGGGUUCACACUCAGCAGCUCGUGCUGCCUAGCAGGUAGGCUGAGAGGGGCGAAGCCGCCCGAGGUUCGGCCGUCUGGUGGGAAUCGGGCACUCCCAGCGGGGCUGGGGGGGUCUUUGGCAGGCUCAGCCUGGCUGGGCAAGUGGAGCAGGCAGCUGGGAGCGGGAGCGUUAGGUGACCCAGCCAGGCAGGUUGCAGCCCUUUUGAGAAGCAGGGCUGGGCUGGGCCGGGCGUGAGCGAGCGGCGCGGGUGCGCACAGGGCACAGAAGUGGCCCUGCAGAGAGCAGCCAGGCCCAGGUCCCGUGGUGCACGGCGCUGGGAGAAGUCAGGGCUCACGUGACUGAGACUCCAUGUGUCGAGUCAGGCCCUUGCUAGCAGCGCUGACCAGGGAAGUGGCCCGGGGUAAACCCAUAGGGCCCACUGGUGCCAUCCGGCCCCGAGCCUGUUCACAGCCGGGGAGGAGCACGUUGUGGGCAGCCCAGUGUUAAUGCUGCAGCCCCGGUGCCAGCUGGGUGCGAAAGCAGCAGUGCCCAUUCCCCAGGCUGUUCAAUCCCAGUCACCACCUUGCAUAGCCCAGCUUUUAGCCCGACCAGCUCGCUUCCUCUCUGGCCCACACGUUCCCAGCGACAGGCCUGGUGUGUUUGUCUCUCACCGCCCGGUUGGUUCCCCCCCAGCACUCCCUGGCUGCCCCUCGGUGCCCACCUGAAUCCUUGCCCCCCACCUGCCCAGAACAGCUGGGCCGCAUGCACCUGCCGUGCUCAAUAGGGUUGCACCCCGUGGCUGGGAGCCAGAGCGCCCUCCCGGAGAGAGCGGACGCUUCCUGGAGCCCGGCAAGGACUGAGUGUGACUGCAGGGCUUGCCGGAGCACUUUGCAGAGCACGUGGAAGGCACAAGGACUGUAGCGUUCAAAGCCCUCCGAGAGGAGCGUGUCCACCCUGCGAAACUCCCCUCGCCCUCCCCUGCUCUUCUCACCCAGGAACUUACCAGGCUGACCUCGCCUUAGGCGCCAGCGGCCUCGUUUGUGGUUUGUUUUCUGUCACGCCGCCAGCGGCCCGGCGCUUGUGCCACCCGCCCAGCUGGGGGCACCGACCGCUGCCUGUCGGCUCAAAGCGCUUUCGCAAGCGAUGCAGCCGCCUUCGGGGAGGGCCGCAGCAGCUGUACAAGCGUGCACGGGGCGGGCCAGGCCGGGGCGAAGGGAUCCAGUGGGACCUGGAGGGGCGCUGCAGGUAGGUAAGGCUGAUCGUGUGCAAACUGGAAUGUGGCUAGCCCAGGCGGCCUGUCUCUCGCUACAAACAUAGUGCCAUGGAAGAUUUUGCAUUGCUCAGCGUCAGGAGAGCUGACAUUGGCAUAAGAUCAUUUAUCCCGGGUAACUGGGGCCGGGCAGCGUAUUGAUUCCAUGCACAGAGAGUCCCACUUUCCACCAAGCAAGCAAGCGUCCGUCGUCCUUUGCAGUUGUUUGUAUUUUUCCUCUUGAAAAUGGUAAACUGUGUUUUCAUGCUGCUAUAUUAUUUGUAAUAAUUUGGGGGGGUCCCUUUUAGGUCAAAAUUAAAAACAACCCUCCCCCUGCCAAAUCCAAUGCACCCAUCUCUGUGUUUAGAAAAAAGCCAAGUGCAGCCCCGUGCCAGGCGAUUGUCUUAAUGAACUAGGAGGACUGUCUCUGCAGUGACCGUCUAGCUGCCCCCUACGGCGCGGGGGCUCGGAAGGGACGCCACGCCGCAUCUUCCGCUCCACACUGCAGCCAUUCCAAUGAGAGGCCUUGGGGGGAUUUUAAAAAUAAAAUAAAAAAAACCUUCCUCCAGUUUAUGCAUCGUUCUUACUUUAUGCAAAUAAUUGCUGUAAAGUUCUUUUUGUUUUCAUUUUGUGUGUGUAAAUAUUGUCUUUAAAUGUGUAACAUAUUACAAAGAAUUUAUAAGGAUUUUUUUAAGAAGUUUCGCUCAUUUGAAAAAACCCAGAAGAAAACCACCAAGUGCUGUAACCGUGUUGAAUUUUUAAAACCUUCCUGCAUGUGUCAUUUUUUUCCCUUGAUGUGUUGUAAAAGGUCAGCCAUGUAUAUGGAACUUGCAAAACUAAAAAAAACCACAAAAACCACCUGGUUUGGAACUAGCCCUCGCCGACGUACAGGUCUAUAUGUUGGCAAUAAAGCGGCGUAUUCAAGGAA